AGUGGGAAGAAUGCAAUGGAUUUGGACCGAUCCAAUCAAAUAUCAAGCACCAUGAGUGGACCCAUAGAAGAAGCGGCCAAAACCUGGCUCAUAGAGCCUGCAUAUCAGAAGAUAUUCAAGCAUACCCUUGAUGUCAUUGAAGACUAUGUGUGUUAUGGUCUUAUUGCUGUUGGGACAAUAGCUUUAUCUGUUCGUCUUCUUUCUACAUUAGGCUCAGGAGAUGUUAACUGUAUGGUUUUGGGUGUUAGAAAUGGUUCCAGUCCCGAUCAUGAAUUAGGACCAUACCCAAGUGGAUCGGCAACUCCCCUUGUAGCAUAUGCAAACUUUAACCGAGCUUGUGUGGAUGAAUCAAUGACGCAAUUCAUGCAAAGCUUACCCUACAUUCUUCUUAUGCAAGCCUUACUGAUCAUACUCAUUGAGAAAUUUCUGACCAAGCUUCCAAGAAUAUCUGGGAAAGUUGAGAGGUUCUAUCUAACUAUAGUAGAAGAUUCACUUAAUGGUCGUAACUCUGAUGUGGCAGAAGAUGUUUGUGAUGAAAAGGCUAACAAAGAGGCAAUUUCAAGAAAAAGGCAGCGUAAUGAAGUUUGUAAUUCGUUGAAGAGAUCAAACACAUUGUUCUUUACAUAUGUUAUGAAAAAUGUAAUGGAGCAGCUACUGUUAUGGGCAUUCAUACCAAUCAAUAUCUAUUUUGCCAUUGAUUCCUUGCCAAACCUAGAAUCUUCAAUCUGUAUAAUAGAUGUUGGAGCUGACAUGGGUCUGGGACUGCCAGGUGGUCAAGCUCAUUUUCAGUGUGAUGGAAAGAAAGUUUCUUUUUUCAUAAUCCUUCUCUAUUUUAGUGUUGCUUUACAAGUGAUUUGUCUGGUUUGCUCAACAGGUUCGUUGAUAUGGUGUCUUUUCUUCCGGGAUAUCACCAACUUGCUGAGAGAUAUUCAGGAGGUAUCAUCUGCUGAGGACUUUAUCCUAAUUGCUAAAGAGGGAAGAGACUUUAUUUUCCUCUUUGAUCUUUUAGCCCACACGUCAGGCAUUGAAUCAACUUUGAGAGUUCUAACCCAUGCUGAUCAUACAUUUCAGCAGAUAUGUCAACCAAGAAUUAGAGCAUCAGAAGCAGAAUUUGUUAAGGUUAAGGAGGAUCGUCUGAAAGUAGUUUGGCAAGCAGCAAGAAUAGAGAAGUGGUGCAAGAGCAAGUCUACAACUGUCUCUGUAGAUUCCUACGAGGUAACAAUUUUCCCCGCAGAGACUAGUAGACACACAAUCACUAAGAUGGCAAAGGAUGAAUAUGUUCUGGCCAAUGAUGAUUAUUACAGUGCAAGCUUUAUUGACUUGAAUGGAGGUAAAACUGAGUACAUUGUAACAAUAGCCUGUGUUAUUGGAAAAUCUAGAAUGAAAGGAGAACGUAUAAUCACCACUCUUCUCCCUUAUGGCCCUGAAAGACCACGCACAGGAGUUAUCAAGUCAGUCACAACUACAGAACUUGAAAUUCAUUGGGAAAGCCCAAAGGGAGAAUUUACCAAAUAUGUACUUUCAGUAGACCCAUGCAUGUCCUCUCUGUGUCUGGCCGCCCCUGAACUAAGAAAAAUGUCAAGUCUUUCAAAUAUAUCAGGGCUUACUGGACUAACCAACCUUUCAUCAAACCAAUCAGAGGCUGAUUUCAACAUAUUCCCUGAAUUUGAAAUCAGUAAAGAUGGCUGGGACAAAGAGCUGAGCUGCAAAGAUACCUCUGCAAGCAUCACAGGACUGUUUCCCGGAGAAGCAUAUCUUGUUGUCUUGAAAACUAAGACAGGUGACAAUGAAACCAAAAAACCUCUGAUAGAUAUAGGAAUGACCCAACCUUUGCCUGUGCAAUCACUAAGGGCAGAAGAUGUUCAGGUAGACAAAGUUAUCAUCAAAUGGAACGUCCCACGUCGAACAUUGACGCUGAAAGCUUUUAACUUGUCUUGCAUAUCUAAAGAUAACAAAAUUUCAAGAGAAUUUGGAAUCAAAAUGCUUAAUGAUUCCCUUCUCCACUCAUUCUUAGUCGAUAACCUUGCACCUGCUACUGAAUUCACUGUUUCGGUCACAUGUCUCUGUAUCUAUGAGCAUCUGAAGACGGUCUCUACCAAAGAAGAAAUCCAGUUCAUAACCAAGCCCCUUCCACCCCAGAAUUUAGUUCUUGAAAACCAGCAGUGCAACAGUUUUACCAUCAAAUGGGAGUCGGCAGUCAUUUUAGGACAAUCCAGCAAGUACAAGAUAGGAAUCCAGUCUCCAAGAAUAGGUUACAGCAACUACAUGGAAAUACCUGCCGACAGAGAUACAUUUACCUUUUCUAAACUUCCAGAUAUUCAGGGAACAGGUGAAGUUUAUACAGUGCAGGUUAUUUGCUCCCUAAUGGUGGAUUCAGGUGAAGAGGUUGACUCUGACCCCCUGGUGGGUGAAUACAGUACUAAACCCCUUGCUCCAACUAAUCUAAGUGUGGCACUAGGAACAAAUGAAGUUCAAUGGACUAAAUCGCCGACACCAAAUGUCAGUUACUACAAGAUCAGGUACCGAGCAGCAGAAGAGGGAUCACAAGCUCAGGAAACAUUACUUGAAAGCUCACCUAUGGAUAGAGAGCCUUGUAAACUUAUUCUCCAGGGAUUAGAGCCUGAUGUGGUAUACAAGGUGAAUGUUUACGCUGUAGUGGAGAAUGAAGGUCAACCAACAGUAGAGAGUAAAGAGCUUCAUGAAAAGGUGAUGUUAACAGGCGGAGAGUUGGUUCUUUACAGUGAUAUUGAAGACGCGAGAUCAGACAUCUCAUGCAGAUCCAGGAAACAUUCAGAAUUAUUAUAAUGCCUUGAUUUAAAGAGACUGUUUAACAAUUUUAGAAUAUAAACACAUCGAUUUUGUAGAUGUUCAUUAUAGCUAUAGUCUUGGUUUUGUUUUAAAAGCCUUUCGGACUAAGAAACCAUUAUUUUAUUAAAGUAUUGAGUUUUAAACAAGGACUUAGUAAAUAUUGCAUUUAAACAGUACAGUUCACGAAAGUUUAGAAUAGUAUAGCUUACAGUAAAGCGCCUAGUUCAUAUCUUUUCACUCGAUGAAAAUAACGCUCUAAUUAUCCGCAACUCAUGUAUUACUACAAAAAUCAUGGUUUUUUAAAAACAAAGUUUGUUCCCAAAACUUUUUUGUAGGGAGGGGGGGGGGGGGGGGUUCUAUUUUCAUGGUAACACACAAUACAUGAGUUUUCAGAGACAACGAUAACAUUGUUUCUUUCAUUACUCAAUUUUAAAAAAGGCCUCAAAAAGACUAUAUUCAUGGCAGAAUACUUAUUUAAUCUUUACAGUCUUAUUUUUUGUGAGUGACCCUGUGUUAUUUUCUUUAUUAUUUCAAAACA